CCCAAUGCACAUGACGUCAUCAUUUUACACAAAAUCUUGAUGGCGCCAUUUUGGGAGUCAAAUUAUCGUCUGCUAGCAUAUCGCGCACGCACGAUACACAUCACGUCCGAUGCUUGUUCGUACUCGUAGAAGAAUCGUACCGUACGACGUGCCAAUUUGUGUCGCGAAUCAAUCAUAUUGACCACUUGCACUUGCAGCAUGGAUGCCGUGGUCGAUGGUCAGUUAUCCAGUGCCAGUUCAAGUUCUGGGCCACCUAGUUCUUUGUCGGAAAACGUGGAACAACUUCCUUUGCCUGACAAGGAGAGAUACGUGAACAAGCUGGGGAACAUUGGAACAUGCGAUCCAUACCUCAUCCCCGCAUCAUGCUGCACACCGUUGUUGAAAUCCAACUUGCUACCAAAGCUAGAAUUUCCAGAUAUUUAUAUGUACCUCAUAAACUUCCCUUCGUCUUACACGGGGGAAGCCAUGAAGGCUUACAAAAGUCUAGACGGAUACAAGUAUUUCAUUGCUGGUAAAGUAAAUCACUUACUUGUGUGGCACCAGCCAAUGAAACGUGAUCCAACUACCUCUGUUUUUGUGAUUUUGUCAAAGGUACACCAUUCACAGAGACUCAAUGACCCCCCUGUCAAGGUAUGGGUGGCUAUCCAAGAGGAUGGAGUUGUGAUCACUGCGCAUUGCACAUGCAUGGCAGGAGUAACGGAGGUAUGCUCUCAUGUAGCGGCAACUCUGUUUGCUGUGUCAAAAGGUGUGGAAAUGAGCACAACUACUUGCACAUCCAAACCAUGUACGUGGAUUAAGCCAGCAAAGAGUAGAUCUAGCGGUGACGACAUGUAUGCGGAAGCAAGCAACAUCAACUUCAGCAAACCCAAAAGGAGAAUGACUGAAGCCCCAACCACUUUGCCAAAGAGCUCCUGCAAAUCUAGGUCUGUACCCCCGCCAUCUAAAGACGAAACAGACAACUUUUUCCAACAGCUUAAAGGGACAGGUGUACCAUCUGCAAUACUGUCACUUGUGCCUGCAUAUGCUGCAGAUUUCAUCCCAAAAGCUCUGCAAUUGAAACUUCCUGAGCCACUGACAAAACUCUACUGUGCAGAAAACCUCAAGGUGUCGUAUCCCCAACUACUCACCAAAUGUCAAGCUGUUUUCAACAACAUGACAAUGGAUGUGGACAUGGUAAGUACAUGUACAUGCACAUGUACACUGCUGUAUUGGCUUGUGCAAAGUUUAGUAAACACAACACUGAGCCUUUUGUGGUAG